CUCGGCGCAGGCAUGGAGGCGCAGACUGCCACGCCGCAGCCUGAGUGCGAGUGCGGCGUGCAUCCCUCCGUGUUCUACCUCCUGGCCACACUGCUACUCACCAGCUGUUCAACAGCGAUGCUCUGCGCUGCCAUCAUGACAGAGCACUGGGAGCAUGUGUCGUGGGAACGCGCCGCCCUCGCCGCUCUCGCCAACGCCUCCAACAUGGCGCUUAACUGGAUGCUUGAUGAGAAAGUCGUGAAGGUAGGCACCAGAUCUUACUCUGUUAGUUUCAGCUGUUCAACAGCGAUGCUCUGCGCUGCCAUCAUGACAGAGCAUUGGGAGCAUGUGUCGUGGGAACGCGCCGCCAUCGCCGCUCUCGCCAACGCCUCCAACAUGGCGCUUAACUGGAUGCUUGAUGAGAAAGUCGUGAAGGUAGGCACCAGAUCUUACUCUAUUAGUUCCAGCUGUUCAACAGCGAUGCUCUGCGCUGCCAUCAUGACAGAGCAUUGGGAGCAUGUGUCGUGGGAACGCGCUGCCCUCGCCGCUCUCGCCAACGCCUCCAACACGGCGCUUAACCGGAUGCUUGAUGAGAAAGUCGUCAAGAUCGAGGAUACGAACUCCAAGAAAGGUGGUGGUACCUUUUUGGUCCCAAUGAAUGGUGGUAUUUGGACCAUGUGCGUGUCUCUUGAAGACGAAGAAGUAUCGAUAUUGUCAAGAGCCGGAUUUCCAAAAGAGCCGCUGUGCACAAAUUAUUUGGCUGACGACGAAGACGAAGAACAAAGGGGUGACUGGCAACAUCGUAUGCAGAAUCUGUCCAUUUCGUGUGCGCUGGUAUGUCUCAUCGUGUUGGGAAGCGCAGCGUUGGUUGGCGCCUUUGGUCUCUGCAAACACCAAAUCAGCGCUGUUCUAGUCACUGGCGUUAUGUAUCUUCUAGCCGGUCUAUUCGCAAUGUUCACACUAAUGAUAAUCCACUUCAAACGCGUCCAAAGAGUUUCAACCCGAGGAAGCCCACACGUGGACGACACAGCCGACGGGGUCAUAGGCCCACGCUACCCCGCUCUACCCUUACUAUCAGCAAGAGAGUUCACUACCUCAUGGUCUUUGGAACUAGGGUGGGGUGGUGUGGCUUUGGCAACCACUACUUCACUCUUGUGGAUAUUGCUGUCAAAAAUAAUGAGAUACAAUCCUAUAUCGUCUAUGCUGUUGUGAAUCUUUUAUUUUAAUUUGCAUGCUCAUUAAUGUCCAUAGUUCAUACAUCGUAGUACCCUGAUAUACCCUUAGUAUCAACGGGAGUCAGUUUGUUUCAUUUUUGAAUGAGGAUCGGAGGAUAAUGUUACAUUAUAGAGAUCAUUACGUCAUGGCUUUCUAUUAAAAUAAUGAAUUAUGUAUAAAUACUAUAUAGUAUCGUCUAUACUUAUGUUUAAUGGGCGUUUACACGGGGCGGUUCCUAGUUACAGCUUAUAAUUAUUUAUUAUUGUAUAUAUGCGAGACCUACCUACUGUUUAAAAUUCGUAUUCACUUACUACAUCCGUAAUCAUUGAAGCGGGCACCCCUUUAACUUUUCGGAGUCAUGUGCGUUUUUACUUUUAAGUAAUCAAAUAUCACUUUCUUUAACGUUGAAGGAAAACAUCGUGAGGAAACCUGCAUGACUGAGAGUUCUCCAUAAUGUUCUCAAAAGGUGUGUGAAGUCUGCCAAUCAUCCUGCCAGCGUCGCGGAGUGUGACCUAAACCCUUCUCAUUCUGAAAGGAAACCCGUGCUCAGUAGUAGGCUGGCGACGGGUUGAUCAUGAUGAUUCAUAAUUAAAAAAGAUUAAUAAGUAUUUUGCUGCAAAGAAAACAUAAAAACUAGAUCUUUAUUAAUCAUUGAUGGACGCUAAUGCUCACGACUCGAAUUUUAGUUUGACUAAAAUUUAAGUACCUAUGACUAAAAUUCAUGUAAGUACAUAUUCCAUUAUAAAAUAUGUAUAUUAUUUUGACGGGCAUCUCUUGUCUUUUGUUCUAAAGACUAAAAUUUCACAAACCAACAGCCGUGUAAACGUUAAGUCAAUUAUCUACAUAAUCUCAGUUAUGUGAGUAGUACCUAAGUCAUACCUAUCUGGCGAUUUUUACCGCGCCACCAAAUUAAUUAAGAAACAUUAAAAUGUUUCAUAAUUACCUAAAUUAAUUAUAAGCCGCUGUAAAUGGAUACGCUAAAAAGCUAAAAUUUAAUUUUAAAAAAUCCAAUCCGAAACAACUAUCGAUAUCUGGCAAUGUUUGACGCCAUAAAAUAUAAAAUUUGGAUAAAUCACUAAUCAUUUUUAUUUUUUUAAAUAAUAUGUAGGUAGGAAAAAUAAGACCAACCAUUUACUUUUGAAAUCCUUCAGAAAAUACUUUAAAUUAAAAUGCUUAUAAAUACCUACCUACAAAUUUUUAUUAGCAUAAGCUGAUAUUACUAUAAAGUAGCCUUAACGCCAGGCUGGUUGCCGUCCAUUGCAAAAUUUUAUCAUAUUUAGCAUUGAAACUUAUUGUGCAUUUCAACUUUUACGACCUACCUAUGCACUAUUACGCAAAAAUAAAUUCCCGCUUUCAUCAAAAAUUAUUAUUAAGCUCCUAUUCUAAAAAUUUUGAACACUCGAGCUUUUAAAACACGUUGUAAAUAUUUUUUGAUAUGUUUUGAGGGCGGCUUGGAUUAUUGCGAAAUAUUUUUGCCUAUACUUCCGUCACUUUUGCGCCAAUUAAGAGCUUGUAAAAUUAUAUUUUAAGAAGCAAUCGACCAUAUUGUCUGUUUUGCAUUACUACCUAUAUUAUGACUUUAAUAUACCUACUUACCUACCUAUCUACUUUCUACCAUAUUAU